AUGGCAGGCAGAAUUUGUAAUUGUUUGAAUGUUGCCAUUAAUCAUAUCAUUUAUCUUUUCUUUCAGGUGUCACAUAACAUAGCGUAUAAUGCUUUUGCACAUUUUGCUGGAAAAACGGCACCAAUAACAUUGAAUUAUGACGAAGAAAAAACACUUGACAAAAAUCAUUCACAUUUUCUUCUACUAGACAAUGGUCGUGUAGAUUGUUAUAUUGAUGAUCGUCCUCGUUCUGAUUUUGUCAAGGAUGUAUGCGCUGAAUUUCAAUGCCAGGCUAUAACAAUCAUUGUUGAAGGUGGUUUCAAUACCCUGGAAGUGAUUAAACAUGAUCUAAUGGCUAAACGACCAGUAAUCAUCAUUCACGGUAGUGGCCGUUUGGCAAAUGUUCUUGGCACAUUACUCGAAACCUCGAACAAAGGAACUAUACCUAAAGAAAAUGAUGUGAAAGAACAACUAGAAUCAGCUUUUCACGAACAUUGGUCUAAGCUUAAAAAAGACAAAGAAAAAGAUGCAAUGGACAUCAUCGAUAGUAUUAGAAAAUUGUUCGAACCAGAGCAGCGCGAGCAUCUGAGUGUAUUUUACCUCGAACGUGAUCCAAGUCUUACUGAUACUAUUUUUAAAGCGGUGGAUACUGCUCAAACUAAUGCAGAACAACAGGAAAUCUUCCUCAAAUUAGCUAUCAGCUGGAAUUAUGUUGGUAGAGCAGAAUCUAUGCCUAAACGUUUCGAAGAUAGUCCGAAACUGUUCUGUAGUUUAUUUGAACAAGCAUUGAAAGAAAAUCGACCAGUAUUCGUUGAUUAUUUUCUAAGACAAAAUCAUAAUCCUGUUCAAACAACUGAAUAUCUUAAGCGUUCUGAAAGCUUGAAAAAGGCAAUAAGUAGUGGCAAUGAAUCUGAUUCAGAUCUUAAUACAAGUCAGUCAGAAAAAAAAUUAUCAGAAAAUGAAACGAACUCCGAAGAGAAAAUACUGGUGGAAUGCGCUCUCAAAUUUGUCACUGAUGACCUCUAUCAAAGUGUUCAGACACAUAUUGAUCAUUGGAGUACUCCAAAGACAUCAAAGGAACUUGAUGCAAAAUAUACACAAUUAAUUGGACCAUUUGUUAAUUCAUUCUAUUUCGAGCAAAAAACAGGCAGUCAACUUUUGCAAGAUAUCAAAGCAUUUGUCUAUCGUGAUGGUAUGCAUGAAAUUGACGGAAAGUCGCCGAAAGAAAACGAUAGAAAGGAAUCGUACGCAACUAAUACAUGCAAUAAACCAUUCAGUAGCCAAGAAAUGUUUCGUGAACUUUUUCUAUGGAGUGUGUAUGUUGGCUAUGCUGAUAUUGCUUUUGUUCUUUUGUUACAACUUGAAUCACGAGUGGGUGCAGCGUUGAUUGCAGCUGGCAUGGCUCAGCAUCUAUCUUUAUUUGCUGGUACUUUGGAUGUACGGCAUGCAUACAAUGAACAGGCAAAAGAUUAUGAAACAUAUGCCACAGAUUGUAUUAACGCCUGCUAUAGACAUAAUGAACGGCUCGCUUGUCAGCUUCUUUUACGUGAAAAUCCACUUUUUGGAAAUAUCACUUGUAUGCAACUGGCUGUUGAUUAUUACACGCGAAUGUUGGAAAGAUGGCAUCGACCAGGCAUAUGGAUGAUUCCCAUAUAUGCAAUGCCAUAUAUUCUUUUUUAUAUUGGCAUUAUACUUUAUUUUCGAUCAGAAAAUCGACUAGAUCUAUUUACAGAUGCAAGGAUUAUUCUGGCCAUCGAUCUUGAACUUUGGUAUCUCUUCUCAUUACGCUUUGUUAGCGCUAUUAAACUAUUAGGACCAAAACUUUUCAUGAUUCGAAAUAUGUUACGCUAUCUAACUGGUUUCAUGUACAUAAUUUUUGUUUGCAUCGCUGCCUAUGGUGUAGUUUCUCGUGCUCUAACUAUGUAUGACGAAUUAGAAUUUACAGCCAGAAGUGUCCUUACAGCUAUAUUCUAUCAACCUUAUUGGUUCUUGUAUUCAAUUGUUGAUCAAGAGAAAUCUCAUCUUGAUGAUAUCAUAUCUAAUGGAACUUCAUCAGAGGCAGUGGCAGAAGCCACUGUUACUCAUGUACUGCUGGCUUUUCACAUGCUCUUCAUUAAUAUUUUGAUUCUCAAUUUACUUAUUGCCGUGUUUAAUUUUACAAUCAAUGAAGUUCAAGACAAGAAUGAAUACAUUUGGCGUUAUCAAAAAUAUGAAUUAAUUCGUGAAUAUUUUGAAAAGCCAUUAUUUACCUUUCCACCUCUUUCACUUCUUGCUUAUAUUGGAUGGAUCAUCAAUGCAGUUAUAUUUCAGGGUACAACUUUCCGAGUGUUUAGUGAGUACAAUGAUUAA